GUCGACGCAGCUUGCGAGUCUCCAUGAGUCCAGCCAUGUUUUACGAUCUCAAUAUUCCGUGGUCGGAGAACCUGGGCGAGCUGCAGCGGACCGUCGCCUUCCUGUAUGAAUUAGGAUACGACGUUAUCGCCCUCACUCAUACCUUGGCGGGAAAGGUCCCAUCGGACUUGACUCCUCCGAUCCCCACACCACUCCCCUUCCCCACGCCUCCACGACUGCGAAUUCUGCGAAGAUGCACCCUCUACAUGCACGACCUAGGCCUCAACAACAAACUCCUUUCCCAAUUGCGCGAACACUACGACAUCCUCGCCGCACGCCCCACUAACGAACGGACCCUCCAACAAGCAUGCGCAACCCUCGACGUCGACCUCGUCUCCCUCGACCUAACCCAGCGCCCUGAGACGCACUUCAAGUUCUCCAUGCUGAGCUCCGCCCUAGCGCGGGGUGUCAAGAUCGAGCUGUGCUAUAGUCAGGCUAUCACGUCGAGCGAUCCCAGCGCGAAACGGACGUUGAUCAGUAAUGUGGUGCAGUUGAUUCGGGUCACUCGGGGCAGGGGUCUCGUUUUUAGUUCGGAAGCGCAGAGUGUGCUGGGUGUGAGGGCGCCGAGCGAUGUCAUAAAUCUGGCUUCUGUGUGGGGAUUGGGUCACGAAAGGGGUAAAGAUGGGGUCACGAAAGAGCCGCGGAGUGUGGUCGAGUAUGCGCGGUUGAAGCGCACCAGUUAUCGCGGAGUAGUGGAUGUAGUCUAUGGAGGGGAAAAGCCUGCUGCAGAGGCUGGGGAGGGGAAGACGGAGACCAAGGGCCAGAAGAAUCAGGGGAAGAAGCCGUUGAAUAAGCGGGAUGCUGAUUCUAUGGAAGGCACUCCGGUGUCCCAGUCUGGCGGAGAGAAAGACAGGCCUAUAUCGAAACGCCAAGCGAAACGCAAUAAGAAAAUGGAGACCGCUCAGUGAGACGGUGUUGAGGUCGCGUAUCCCAGGGUGAAGGACUCAAUGUCUACAUGGUCGCAGGAAAUUUGCCAGUGGGCUUCAAACCUGAGAUCUCGGGCGUAGACCCGAGUCUGUGAGAAUGGAUUGAAGAACCGGAAGAUAAGCCCAGAGAUGCAUUCAUCAGCUGAGGUGCAGCUGUGCCCUUAGGGCCGUAAACUGUGGCCAGGGCGACGGCACGCGGACGUUGCGACAUCUCUUACCUAACAAUCGGAAUGCUAGGCAUUCCCCUUCAAACAAAUGAAACAAAUCACAAACCUUACUUGGGGCUCUCGCUGUAGCCCUUGUUGACAACAUGAUAUACUAGUCAUUGACCAACG